GGGAGAUUGGCUGUGGGCGGCUCCCCUCCGCCUCCCACCUCCUCACCUAGCCCCAGGGACGCGACGAGGAGGCAUGCAUGUGGGCUGACGCGGAGAGGGCCCAUUCCCUGCUCACGAGCUGACCAACCUGGUGCUGAGAAGGCCAUGAGGCGGCCAUAGGAGGUGAGAAGACCACAGAGGCGUCGGGAGUGGUGAGGUUAUCCGCGAUUUCGGCUUCCCCUCUCCCUCCCACAGUCGCUUGGCGGUUCUUGGCGGUUCGGCUGACUGAGAAGGCUGGGAGAGGCUUGAUUGUUUCUCGUGUAUCGUGAGUUUUUGCCCCAUGCUCAUCGUCGCGGGUCGAGCGCUUCACAAAGCCGGUCGCGCUGGCUCGCCUUUUGUCGCCUCUCGCCGAAGCUGAGACCGCCCGUCGGCCCUCUCACCGAGUCACUGAGUCGUCAAUCAAACAACAAAGCGCAGCACAGCAUCAGCAGCAUGAAGGAAGACUCUGACCAGGACACUCCGCCAGCAGACAAUGGCAGCGGAAAGCUGGCGGCGCUGACGUCUCCCGUGUUUCAGCUGAUCCAGAGCGGCCAUCACAGCAGCACCAUGCCGGCCGCCCACACACGGGGGAAGGUCUCUGUGCAUGAGGCGUCCAGGUCGCCGCCCUUCCCCGCCCCAGCCAUGAAGAACUACAUGCACUCGAGCACUCAGUCGACCGAGUGCAUGUCCACGGCCACGGGGGAGUCGGACAUAUCGGCUGCGUCGCUCACCCUCCCCUCCCUCCCCUCACCGGCACCCCCGCCCCUCACUUCACCCCCUGCAAGACCACAAGACCUGAGCAUCCCGAGCGACAGCUGUGCUCUCGAUGACCUGCUUGACAUCUCUGGCAGGGUCGGGGGGCGCUCGCCGUGCGUGAGGGUGUCAUCGAGUGCGUUUCCUUCGAUGGGCGACUCGUCGACGAGUGCGUCGCCCCUUUUCUCGAAGCCGACCCACCUGCCGCACCACUACACUGUCGCGUACGUGUCGCAAGCGCCGCUUUAUGUGGACACGGGGAGGGGGGACGAGCAGGCCGCGUGCAUCGCGCUUUCUGGGCUGGCGAGCUGGGAUGAGAGGGGGGAGUGGGAGGGAGAGCUGGAGGGAGACCCGGGCGACACUCCGUCGCCCUACCAGAGUGACACCAACACGGUGCAGCCGUUGCCGCCCCCUGCUGCUGCUGCGGACCAGUGCGCCUUGCGUGGUGACCUCAAUCGCACGGCCUACUCGGCCAUUGACAUCCCCGCCCCCCCUGGCCGCUUGUAUCGACACAGGGCUGUGACGUCUCCCCCACAACCGACCCCCAAGAUCGUUGUGCGAGGUCAGUCACGCAACGAACGCAGUGCGGAUGGAUGGAUGGAUGUGUGUCUUCCUGCGUGUAAUAGGGCAAAUCAAUCCCCACCCCUCCCUCACUCGUCCAGCCGACCCCCCACGCGUCACGUUUUCCGUCCCAGCAUCGAGCAAGCGGCCUCCCCCACCGGCAUACCCAUCUGCCUCUGCCUCUGCCUCUGCGUCAGCAAGUGCAUCGCCCCCCUCCCCGCGACAUCACCAACCGCCCCCCUGCCCCCCCGCCCCCCCACCCACCCUGCGCACCCUGGACAGAAAACAGGUGCGAUCGCUGACGAUGCCCAGCAAGGGCCGGGGGGGAGGAGAGCGCUUCUGGUCCGGAUGGCUGUGGCGCAAAUGGCGCGCCGUUGUCAAGGACGCCUACCGACGGCAGUUCAAGCGUGGGACCGCGUCCAGUGACGGCUCACCCCCACAGCAAGACGUCAGCCAGGAAGCAGCGGCGGGGGCGGGGGAGCGGCGGAACAGACGCGGCAAGGAGGGGUCGGUUUCGUCGUCGACUUCAUCGUCAUCAGGCGCGUCAUCUCUCGUCAACACGCUCGGUCUGGGUCUGGGGCUCGACAGGUCGCCGUCUCGCACGGUGGCCGCGCUGCUUGACAGCUUCGCGUCAAGGUGGCUGCCGAGCCGCGACAAGAGCUCGUCAGGGGGCGGAGGAGGGGGAGGGGGCAGCCGGCCGCUUUGCGCCUUCUCCCUUCUGUCGCUCAACUUCAACCUGGGUCUGCGGGGCGGCCCCUUGGCGGCCCGACAGGGUACUGGCAGCCCACGACGAUCGUCGUCUCUCGUGGCUGACUUGGAGGACAGCAGCACCGCCGAGAAGAUCUUCGUUGGGUGGGGCGGGGGAAUGGGGGUGGGUGUGCCCGACGCACUGCAAGACCAGGAUGACAGCAGCGGAGAAGCCAGAGAAGACGAUAUCGUCAAGGAGGACAGGCGCGAGGGAGAGGAGGACGACACAACACAGAAAAGCAGUGGUCGGAGGGACCGCCGCGUGUCCAUCAAGUGGGGCCCCCUCCCCUGCACACGCACCACAAAUGACGACGCCCCGCCCGACAGCGAGAAGAGCAGCCCGCCUUUCGACCUCAGAAGUAAUUCACCCGAGGAGCUCGAGCAGGAAAUCCAAGAGAGAGACGCCAGAAACGCCAAGGAGAAGAAGAGCAAGGCGGACGACGCCGAGCAGCUGGACCUGCCCAUCCCUAGGAGGCGGUCGGGGGGCCCGUCGUCUGGGAGUGGUGGGACACAGAGCGGCAAGAGCAGCUGCAGCGGGCUGUCUGAGCAGAUGAGCGACACCAUGGAGGAUGGCGAGUCGGCUGCUGCGGGGGAGGGGGGCAUUGCCGUAUCCAGGAGACCCAUGAUUGUCCCGAGGUCAGCCUGGCAUUCAGAGAGUCAGAGAGAGAGAGAGAGAGAGAGGGAGGGAGAGAGAUGUGUGCAUGUGUGUGAUGUGUGAUGUGUGUCAGGUUGGAUUUAUCCCGCAUUCUCCGCGCCCGCAACCUACAACCACGACCGAGGAUCAAACCCGUCGGCAAAAGACACUCCAACUGGUAACCACACCCACACCCACACCUACACCCACACCCACACCCACACCCAUCCAUCCAUCCAUCUGUUUGUCCAUCUCUCUCUGUGUGUGCAGGUCCGACGACUCCGACAACUCCGACCAAGACGGUGCGUCUCCCUCGUAUGUGCGCACGAGCGCCCCCUCGUCGUCGCACUACUACCCUCCAAGCCGUGGGGCGAGUGGCCUGGUGUCAGCGGGGUUCUCCACCUUCCGAGCAGAGGAGGACGGCCUCAACAACAAGGAGGAGAUGCAGCUGAGGCGGCAGGCGGCCAUGGGGGACUAUCAUGACCAUGGCGAUUACGACCAUGAGGGCUCUGAUGACGGUUGCGGGGACGGCGAUCUGAUGGAUGAUGUGGAUGUGCGCUCUGACGGGGGAGAGAGCAACUGGUCCGACGACAGUGCGGUGAUGCGGUGCUUCUGAUGGAUUGUUGACGGGAGGGGAGGGAGGGGUGUGUCGUGAUGUGUUGUGUGUGCAUGGACAGACAGACCAGACAGAGGGGAGAGGGCAAUGGCUGAAUGUAUGUCGAUAUACUCAUGCUCAUACUCACUCUCAUGUGUAACCAAUCCGUAGGUGCAUUCCUUCAUUGCCUUCAUUCCUUCAUGCGUUGCCUUCCCUCCCUCUCGCUGGCGUGUCAGUGUGUGUGGGUUUUGUCGAUCGUUUGUAUGCGGCCGUGGCUGCAACCACGUGGCCGGGCCGCCCGCGGUCGAUCGAAGGAGUGAUGGUGGGCUGUGCGUUCGUGUGUGGGGCAGGCCAGGGCAGGCAGUCGCACGAAGGAAGAAACACAGCAACAGGCAGACAGACAGGCAGGCAGGUUACGAGGGAGGGGGGGAGAGGGAGGGGAGAGGGGGAGCAAGCUGGCUGGGCGGGCUGAUAGAGACAGUCAUUCAUUCAUUCAUUCAUCAUGAAGAGCAGCAUCAGUCGAAGACAAGAGACACACCCACACCUACACCUACACUUCACCUGCACCUACCUACACACACUCUUGGCUGGCUGGCUGGCUUGCUGGCCUGUUUUGCCCAUCCACACAUACGUACUUACCUACCCUGCCAUUACCGUAUCUAUCUGUCAUGUGUGAGUGUUGAUUUGAUAUAUGCGUUGGUCGAUCGAUGGUUGGUGGGAUGGAUCGUUGGUGUUUGUCUGUCUGAGCCGGGCAGGCGUGCACUGCACAGUGAGUGUCUCUACUCCUUUCUCCUUCCUUUCUGUCUCUCUCUCUCUGCUCCUCUCUCUCUCGUCGGCCGUUGCCCAUGCACCGGACAACACACAACAAAGCAAACAACACACAACACGCCACACCGCACCGCACUACAGCCACACAUUAGAGUACAGUUUUUCUUUUGUUUUGUCUCGGUGGUGGUAUGUUCGCAUUUUUGUUUUUAAUUUCGCCACCGACCGAUAAAUGUGUGUGUGUAUGUAUGUUUAUUUCAUCAAGGCAGGCGGCAAGUAAGGAAUUCACACACACACCACACCACACCACACCGCACACAGUGACGUCUACCACACGCAGCUCUCUCUCUCUCUCUCUCCCCGUUUUUCUCUUGCAUGUCGCUUCGUGUCAUGUGUGUGUGCGAAUUCGGCUCCUCCCAUCCGUCCAUCCAUCCACUCAUCUGUUCUUCUAUGGCCAGCCAGAGAGAACCUCUUUCCCUCGUGUGUGGUCGAACGAACGAACCCUUGCUUGAGCGAGACAGACAGACAGACAGAUAGCUGCGUAGGUGUCUGGACCCGUUGAGUGCAUGGUUGUGUCCAUUCAUGGAGAAUGAAGCUCUUCCUUCCUUUGGCUUACUGCACCCUCCCUCCCUCCCUCCCUUUGCUAUUAGCAGCUCUCGGAUGAUAUGCCCAACCUGACUGACCUGACGUGACCUAACUGACUUGACAGGACCAGCCCAGCCCAGCCAGCCCACUUACUUGACCCGCCUGCCUGCCUGCCUGCCUGCCUGGAUCCAUCCAUCCAUCGGUUCAUUCGUGUGUGUCAGGCCCUUUGUGUUGUGUGGUGUAGUCGAUCGCUCGUGUGGAUGCCUCGUAUGUCUGUCCGUGGCCGUGCCAGUGUCCGUGUCCGUGAGAGUGUAUAGCUAGUCCAUAUGGAUGGAUGGAUGGAUGGAUGGACGCUGCUCUUGUCCUUCCUCCCCUGGCUGUUGGUUGCAUGAUUGAUCGAUUAAUCGAUUGAGGUGAGGGCUUCUGAGUGACGCCAGGCGUCCCGCCCUCCUCCCUACCUGACUUGACGACUUGACCAGCUUUUUCCGUUUUUCGCAGCACAGAGCGAGCGACUACUGACUGACCGACACAUCGACCAUUGCUCUGUCCGACCCUGCCCAGCCCAGCCGUGUGUCAUUUCACUCUUCACUGACUGCCUGUCUGCCUGCCUGCCUGUCUGCCUGGCUGUCUUAUGAAUUUGGUCUGCUGCGCGUGUCAUGUGUAUGUGUGUGGGGCCCGGUGCUGCUGGUGCACUCACUGGGCUCGUGUCGUGUGUGCUGCUGCUGCGUGUGAUGAGGUGUGCACGUGUGUGGAUGGAUGGCUGCAAUGUACUCUAACUAAUGCUUCUUCCUUCGCAUCUUUCUUCUUGCCUGGAUUGCCAUGGACAGGGAAUGAACGGCAUGGAUGGAUCAUCGAUCAUCGAUUAACCACCACAUUUGUUGCUUG